UCGACGCCCCUCCACCUGGCUGCCGGAUACAACCGCGUCCGCAUCGUUCAGCUCCUGCUGCAGCACGGAGCCGACGUUCACGCAAAGGACAAAGGUGGCCUCGUUCCUCUUCACAAUGCCUGCUCAUACGGCCACUUCGAGGUCACUGAGCUUCUGCUGAAAACUUUAUCUGACGUGCGGUUCUCUCUGCAGCACGGAGCCUGUGUGAAUGCCAUGGACCUGUGGCAGUUCACUCCUCUCCACGAGGCAGCGUCCAAGAACCGGGUGGAGGUGUGCUCGCUGCUGCUGAGCCACGGGGCCGACCCCACCCUGCUCAACUGUCACAGCAAGAGCGCCGUGGACAUGGCCCCCACUCCAGAGCUCAAAGAGAGGCUCACCUAUGAGUUCAAAGGUCACUCGCUGCUGCAGGCGGCCCGGGAGGCAGACAUGGCCAAAGUGAAGAAGACGCUGGCUCUGGAGAUCAUCAGCUUCAAACAUCCUCAGACCAACGAGACGGCUCUGCACUGUGCUGUGGCUUCCCCUCACCCCAAGAGGAAGCAGGUGACUGAGUUGUUGCUGCGUAAAGGUGCCAACAUCAACGAGAAGAACAAAGACUUCAUGACUCCGUUGCAUGUUGCUGCUGAGAGAGCUCACAACGACAUCCUGGAGGUGCUGCAGAAACACGGAGCAAAGGUGAACGCCGUGGACACGCUCGGUCAGACGGCUCUUCAUCGAGCGGCGCUGGCCGGUCACAUCCAGACCUGCAAGCUGCUGCUGAGCUACGGGGCCGACCCGUCCAUCGUGUCUCUGCAGGGUUUCACCGCGGCUCAGAUGGGUAACGAGGCCGUGCAGCAGAUCCUGAACGAAAAUGUUCCCACACGUAAUUCUGACGUGGACUACAGAUUUCUGGAGGCGGCCAAAGCCGGAGAUCUGGACACAGUGCAGCAACUCUGCACCCCACAGAACGUAAACUGCCGGGACUUGGAGGGCCGCCACUCCACUCCUCUCCACUUUGCAGCCGGUUACAACCGAGUGGCUGUCGUUGAGUAUCUGCUGCACCACGGAGCUGAUGUCCACGCCAAAGACAAGGGCGGUCUGGUUCCCCUCCACAACGCAUGCUCCUACGGUCACUAUGAAGUGGCUGAGCUGCUGGUCAGACACGGAGCUUCGGUCAACGUGGCCGACCUGUGGAAAUUCACCCCACUACACGAGGCCGCAGCCAAAGGCAAAUACGAGAUCUGCAAACUGCUGCUCAAACACGGAGCCGACCCAUCCAAGAAGAACCGUGACGGCAACAUGCCGCUGGACAUGGUCAAAGACGGAGACACGGACAUCCAGGACCUGCUGAGGGGGGACGCCGCCCUGCUGGACGCCGCCAAGAAGGGCUGCCUGGCCCGGGUCCAGAAACUGUGCUCCCCGGAGAACAUCAACUGCAGAGACACGCAGGGACGCAACUCCACACCUCUCCACCUCGCAGCUGGUUACAACAACCUGGAGGUGGCAGAGUACCUGCUGGAGCACGGGGCUGAUGUCAACGCCCAGGACAAAGGCGGCCUCAUCCCUCUUCACAACGCUGCUUCCUACGGGCACGUGGACAUCGCCGCCCUGCUGAUCAAAUACAAUACGUGUGUGAAUGCUACAGACAAAUGGGCUUUCACCCCCCUCCACGAGGCAGCCCAGAAGGGACGCACGCAGCUCUGUGCGCUGCUGCUGGCUCACGGGGCCGACCCCACCAUGAAGAACCAAGAGGGCCAGACUGCCCUGGACCUCGCCACGGCUGACGAUAUCCGCGCCCUGCUGAUGGACGCCAUGCCACCAGACGCCCUGCCCAGCUGCUUUAAGCCCCAGGCCACGGUGGUCAGCGCCUCAGUCAUUUCCCCCGCCUCCACGCCGUCCUGUCUGUCGGCCGCCAGCAGCAUCGACAACCUGGCCUGGCAAUGCUGGACAUGAACAUCAGUCAGUUCCUGAAGAGUCUGGGCCUCGAGCACCUGAGGGACAUCUUUGAGAGGGAGCAGAUCACCCUGGACGUGCUGGCUGACAUGGGUCACGAGGAGCUGAAGGAGAUCGGAAUCAACGCCUACGGACACCGACACAAGCUCAUCAAGGGAGUGGAGAGGCUGCUGGGCGGCCAGCAAGGUGCCAACCCCUACCUGACAUUCCACUGUGCCAACCAGGGCACCAUCCUGAUAGACCUCGCCCCCGACGACAAAGAGUACCAGUCAGUGGAGGAGGAGAUGCAGAGCACCAUCAGAGAGCACAGAGACGGAGGCAACGCUGGGGGGGUGUUCAGCAGAUACAACAUCAUCAAGAUUCAGAAGGUGGUCAAUAAGAAGCUGAGAGAGCGUUACACCCACCGGCAGAAGGAGAUCGCCGAUGAGAACCACAACCAUCACAAUGAGCGGAUGUUGUUCCACGGUUCCCCGUUCAUCAACGCCAUCAUCCACAAAGGCUUCGAUGAGCGCCACGCCUACAUAGGAGGGAUGUUUGGAGCAGGGAUCUACUUUGCGGAGAACUCCUCAAAGAGCAAUCAGUACGUGUACGGCAUCGGUGGAGGCACAGGCUGCCCCACGCACAAAGACCGGUCCUGCUACCUGUGCCACAGGCAGAUGCUGUUCUGCAGAGUCACCCUGGGGAAGUCCUUCCUACAGUUCAGUGCCAUGAAGAUGGCCCACGCCCCCCCAGGACACCACUCGGUGAUCGGGCGGCCGAGCGUUAACGGCCUGGCCUACGCCGAGUACGUCAUCUACAGAGGAGAGCAGGCCUUCCCAGAGUACCUCAUCACCUACCAGAUCCUUAAACCGGAGAGUGCAGCCCAGUCCGCUGCAGCAGCUGAGCAGAAGUCCUAGUUACUUUACAUCACACACACUCUCACACACACACACAGAAAGACUCGAUG